ACAGGACCGUGGGUGGCAGCAGCAGCAGAAGCGACCUGCAGGCCGCGCUCCGGCCUCCCCGGACCCAGCGGUAUGCCGUGUGGGUCUCGGCAGCUCCCAUGGCUUUCCUGUCCAGGUUCUCCAGGAAUGGCACCAGGUCCCCGAGCCGGGGCGCGCGAGACGAGCGCGGCCACCAGCCCAUCCUCAGCGUCUUCGAGCUCGAAAGGCUGCUGUACACGGGAAAGACGGCCUGUAACCACGCCGAUGAGGUCUGGCCAGGCCUCUACCUGGGAGACCAGGAUAUAGCAGCGAACCGCCGCGAGCUGGCGCACCUGCGCAUCACCCACGUGCUCAACGCCUCGCACAGCAAGUGGAGAGGCGGCGCCGAGUACUACGAGGGCACCGGCAUCCGCUACCUGGGCAUCGAGGCCCACGACUCGCCCUCCUUCGACAUGAGCCCCUACUUCUACCCUGCUGCUGACUUCAUCCACCAGGCGCUCCAUGAAGGAAGGAUCCUGGUGCACUGUGCCGUCGGGGUGAGCAGGUCGGCCACCUUGGUGCUCGCCUACCUCAUGAUCCGCCACCACAUGCCCCUGGUCGAAGCCAUAAAGACGGUCAAGGACCACCGCGGGAUCAUCCCCAAUCGGGGCUUCCUGCGCCAGCUGGUCGCGCUGGACAACGCGCUGAGGCUGAAGAGGAGCAUGUGAAGGAGGGCGAGCGGCUGUG